UCCUCAUUGAAGGGGGUUGAAGGGGGGUGGAUAGAAUUAAAAAGACAAAAGAAAAAAAAAUGGGAAAAAUAUUCUGAUUCUCCUCUCCAAAUGCUUCUUGAUUAAACACUGAUAUUGCCAUUGUGGAACCUCCAUCUCUGUUUCUUCACUGCUCUCUCAAAUAUCAACAAUGGAAAAUCUCUGAUUCUUUUUUCUUUUUUCAUUAAUCUGUGAAAUUUGGGUUUUUUUUUUUUUCUUGUCUGGGUUGGGAUGAAGUGGGAGAUGGGGAUUCUCUCACCGGAUUCAUCUUAUCUGUCAAGCUCAAGCUGGUUUCAUGAAGGAAGCUGUAGCAGAACAAAAUGGACUCCGGCAGAGAACAAGGCGUUUGAGAAGGCUCUUGCUUUGUACGACAAGGACACGCCGGACCGGUGGGAGAGGGUGGCGGAGAUGGUGCCCGGAAAGACGGUGGUGGAUGUUAUCCGGCAGUACAAGGAAUUGGAAGAUGAUGUUACCAGCAUAGAGGCUGGUCUCAUGGACUUGAUUCCCAUUCCUGAUUAUACCAGCUCUUCACCUUUUACAUUGGAAUGGGGUGGUGCCCACCGGCCGGCUUUUGUCGCCGGAGGGAAGAGACCGCCGGCGAACCGCGCCCCGGAGCAUGAACGGAAGAAGGGUGUUCCAUGGACUGAAGAAGAGCACAAGUUGUUUCUGAUGGGGCUAAAGAAGCAUGGGAAAGGGGAUUGGAGGAACAUUUCGCGAAAUUUCGUGAUUACGAGAACCCCAACACAAGUAGCCAGCCAUGCUCAGAAGUUCUUCAUCAGGCAGAAUUCAGGAGGGAAGGACAAGAGAAGAGCUAGCAUUCACGACAUAACCACGGUGAACGUUGAUGAGCAUCUGAUGGGUUCACCCGACACCAAGAAGCGGUGCGAUGAUUCCCCGGAUCAAGCAGGCGGGGCGCUAUCCCAGCCACAGCAGCCGCCUGAUUCUGGUGUGCACAAAAGGCCGUUUUCGUGGAAUCAUCAGGGAAACGUCGGGAUGGCCAUAAGUGGAUUGCCUGCUGGGAAUUUGUUCGCGUAUGCGUUUGGACCUCAAACGAUGCACGAAUCCAUCUUCGGGUCUCAAACUAUGGCUUUCCCGAUACAGUCAGCUGCACAGCAAUACCCUUUUGCUUGAAAACCAGAGCUGAAGAAGAAAUGGUUUUAUGAAGUUUACAAGCAGCUUAGUCUUCUGUUUUUGUUUUUGUUUUUUUGUUUUUUUACUGUCACUUUCCUAUUUGCCCUGUGAAUAUGUUGUUUUGUUGCCUUUUGAUUUAGUCUUGAGUAAGGAUGUGUUUGUUUGUAGGAAGUGCAGACCAUAUGGAAAUGCCAUAUUGAAAAUGAAACAUCUCACUGGGGGGUACUGUUUUUGUGUA